AUGUCAUAUCACAACUCAUGGUCAAGCUACAGGCCCUCUAAUUAUCCGAGGAAAAGAGUUUAUCAUGAGAACCUGUCUUACGGAGUUCCCAAUAAGCACUUUCUUUCUAUAGAGAAUGUCAAUCCUGUUACUUACGAAAAUCAGGUUGAAGAUUCAAAAGUAUUGAAUAGUAUCAAGAGGUUCAAUGCAAAGAACAAACCGGAGGUCAGUAAAAGAAAUAGCAAUAUAUCUAUGAUUGUUGCUGAGAUCGAGGCAAACUAUUUCGAGGAAAAUUUCCAAAAGUAUCUUGAUGAACUCAGGGAAUCCUUUCAGAUUAGCGACUUGAUAAUAUCAAGAGAAUCAUAUAAUAUUGCUGAUAAGCUUAUAACUGUUUACGGAGACAUAGAGUCAGUCUCAAAAGCAGCUUUAUACAUAACCUUUGUACUAAACAGUAAGUUGAAUAAUGUUAUCAAUAGUGACUUGUAUACGUUGAAAUCAGGUAAUUAUUCUGCAUAUUUUCUAACUCAACUGGAUAAACUAAGUCUUGCACUCCAGUCAAGUGGAAUAUAUAAUUUUGAUGUUGCGCAUGGCUUUAGCGGAUUAGAGUCAUUUCACGUAAUACUGGUGAAGUCAGAUUUCAAUUCAAUAUUCAAUUUUCUCGUACAUCUUCAGGAAAAUACCAAAGAGAGUGAUCAUGACUACAUAAAUGAUUUAAAGGAUGUACAUACAGUAAGUCUAGAUCAGAAUGCUUCAGGCUUAUAUAAACAACCGGAAGACAGAAAGCAAAAUUUCCAGACACAGGCAAAAAAGGCUUUGAGAUAUGUUUAUCCUGAAUCAUUUUCUACAUCCUAA